AUGACUCCACGAAAAUUUCCAUUGUUAAAGAAAAGUCUAUUUCGCUUUAUUUUGUUUUCUACUAUACUAUUCAUCAUCAUUACGACUUUAAUAUCUUCAUCGUUUAACUCUCGCCAAGUUCCACUAAUCUAUAGUUUAUCAUUUUGUAAAAAUGAGUCAAAAUCUCUUCCAUUUUCGAUACCUGAAAGUUAUUUGUUGAUACCUUAUAGAGAAUUUGCUCUAAGAACGUCAAUUGCUUGUCGAGUGUUUAAAUUUGAUAAUCCUACUAAAAAUCUAUCGUCGUUACAUCCGAAAUAUUCGAAAUAUUUAAAUGGUAUAUUCCCCUAUGUGAUACCCUCACAGAAUAUAACAUUCGACGAUAUUGAAAAGUUUUAUACUGAUUUGUCGUCAUUGAAUUAUAGUAAAGAAGCAUUCGUUCCUAGGCAUACAUCGUUUGCAACCAAUUUAACUUUCGCUAAUGUACCAUACAUCUAUAAGAAUGGUAUGUGGGAGCCUAUUGAGGUUCAGUCGUAUCAACGAUCAGCCAUUUUGGUACCAUUACAAGGUCGACAUUAUAACGCUAAAGCAUUUCUUUUAAAUUUACACGCAUAUUUUCGUCGACAGUUAUUAACAUACGCAAUAUUUAUUAUUGAACAAACGUAUCCAAUGAACAAAUUUAAUAAAGGUCGUUUGUACAAUACUGCCUUCAAUUACAUUCGUCAAAAUAAAUCACUCAACAUAACCUGUUAUAUUCUACACGAUGUUGAUUUAAUACCUGAACAUGACUCUAAUUAUUAUUCGUGUGAAACAAUGAAUCCAAAACAUACAACAUCCCGUGUUAGGCAAUUAAUAAGAGGAAACUACGUCAAAUAUUAUGAAUUUUUAAUUGGUGGCGUUCUAAUUCUAACGUACAAUCAUUAUGAAGAGUUAAAUGGUUUUUCAAAUUUAUAUUGGGGUUGGGGUGGUGAAGAUGACGAUCUGGCAUUACGAUUCGUUCAGCAAAAAAUGUGCGUUAUACGACCACCUUUUGCAGUAGCUAUUUACACGGGUACGUUUGAAUCUGAAAAAACCUUACCCCAUCCAAAAGGUCAAAGAAAUAAUCAACGUUUUGGCUUAUUAUUAUGGUCAACAAUUCGUUUGAAAACUGAUGGUUUACAUAAUAUUGAAACUUUAACCAGAAUUGUUGAAGUAAAGAGAUGGACUACAUUCACGCAUCUAAAAGUCAAUGUUGAUAUCACAAAUAGUAAAGAUACGUCGUUAUCAACUUCAAAAGUGACUACAACAACUGCAAAAUUGACGCCUACGACAAAAAAAAAAUAG